AUGCCCCGCGGACUCUCGAACCUCGCCGUGGACUUAGCCGCUGUGAAUAACUCACUUCCUGUUAACUGGAAAGGGAUGCUCGAUAUCAAGUAUAUGAUAUGCGAGUUCAUCGGGACUCGAGAUCCGAUGGGGUUAUCGUGGAAGGCCCCUCCGAAGCCCAAACGGCCUGAAGAUGAGUGGUGGCGAGAAAACGCCCUCAAGCAUGCCACCGCAAUCACUGAUCCGCUCACUAAGUCGUAUUAUGAUCUCGAUGUUUGUGAAAUGUCCGGGUGUGGUCACCUCCUAGAGUACAGUGACACGGAUGAUUCAGAGUGCAUAGUACGUGCUUGUUUGGCGGAGCGUGGUAUCGGCGGCCACGAUGAUUUGGAGACGUGGGUUGUGGACAAGCUAGUUCUAUAUGAGAACCUUUUCUAUGUGGCGUUAGUGAACUAUGACCGGAAGACCACUGAAUUCAGUAAAUUGACUCGCGAUGAGUUCGGAGUUAGUGAAGUUGCCAAACUAGAGGGGGUCGCUCUUAACUUCAGUGUCCUGCGAAAAAGCGACGGCAAGCUGAGGAUUGCCGCGAUCACCCAAAUCCGGCGACCACUGGCAGAAAGUAUUGCUGAUGAUGGAGAUGAUGAUUUGGAUGACGCCUUAGAGUUCCACGUGACGGAAAUUCAUGUUUUGGACGAAGACUCCUGCUGGAUGAGAUUGCCAACGUGGCCGCUAGUCUUCUCUCGUUAUGUUGAAAUUCAUCUGGUCACUCCUGAGGUAGCCCUACUAGCGGAUUAUGUCCCAUGCUCGGAUCGUAAGGGACGUCAGGAACUCGCUUUGCUCCGGCUGGUUACUGAAGGUGACUUGAGAGUCGAGCAAUUGUCGAGAAUUCGACUGGAUGGUUGGUCGAGAGGUUUCAGUUUGAGUCCCUGUGCAUCGCUGGUAAUGAUGUGGUUGGAGCCAAAGGAAGAAGAGUGUACUGUGUGCCUCGAUUACUGACCGAGUUUCUGGAUUCCGGGAUCCCUCCGUAGUGUGACGGUGCUUGUUCGUUGGAUUUGGUCUCGAUCGAGCUCGCAGAGUUAUGGUCACUGAUCGUGGUCUACUCUUACUAAUGCUCCCGAAUACGUACACAGAAU